UCGACUACUACCUCACUUAUUUUUUUAUUAAUUAAAAAAUAUAUUUUAUGAAACUUCUUUAUUGUAUUAAUAAUGGUAAAAUGCUUUUGGCGCUUCUUUUCAUUACAUAUUCCUGAUUCCUUGGUUUAUGUUUUCAGUGAAAAUACGCUCACUGACAUGUGGUAUAAAAAACAAUGCAUCAAUUGAUCAACUCGGAAAUCAGUUCCCAGUUAUUUGUAACAGUAUUAGAAUUUUGAAAAAAAAAUACUCCUGACGUGAUAGUAUCUGACUGAAAAUCAAUCUCAGUCAAAGACAAGUACUGUGAUAAUAUUUACAGUUCCAUCCAAGAUUUAUCGAUAAAAAAAGUUUUAAGUUUAAUAUGUCAAAUCAAGUUAUGAAACGGUAGAAACAAGCAUUUAACACUUCCUUUUAUAGUUAAAUAUAAUAUUCUACAAAUUGAUUUACUAUAAAAUUCUUUUACAAUUAGAAUUCUUUUAAGUUUAUGUCUAUCCUUUUCCUAUUUCCGUUUUGUUUUGGUUCACUUUUAUUUCUUUUCUUUUUCUGCUCUCUUUUGUUGUUUCCAGAACAAAUAAAUGCAACAACUACCGCCUGCAUGCCCUUGAACGGGCAUCUGCUCACUGCAGCUUCGUCAAUCGCCAACGCCAACAUCAGCAUCUAUUCUCAUACCAAUGCAGUACUAGCAGCGACCAACAAUCGCCCUCCUGCUGCAGUUAUCGGUGUUCCUCCUGUUUCUACCGUGGCUGUCAGCGUCAAUGGCACUUCAUUGAAUACUUCAAGUGGCGGCAAUAACUAUACUAAUCCGCCUAUAUUCAACCACCCGCCCAUCAUUUCACCCACAUUCAUCGAACACAAGUACUCGGCGAAUACUUUCAAAGAGAAAUUUUUGGCAAACCUGCGUGCCAACCAUACUAGCGCCCACAAAUCAAAUAAUAAUAUCAAUGGUAGUAGCAACAACAAACAAUCGUCUGACAAUUGCAAUGCUACUACCAAUGACAGUAACAACAAUAAUGGCAACAAUGCCAAUGCGGUCGCUAAUGAAGCUGGUACCGAUAAUUUGAUGGGCAAUCACUCUAGCAGCGACUCAACAGCCAACGCUACUGUCGGUAUCGAUGACUUGUGUUCCAUACAACAGCAAUUAAGUGAAAACUAUAAUAAGAACACGAUUUAUCAGAAGACAAUAAAUUGAACGCUUUCAAUGAGACGACCAGCUUCAAAGUGGUGAAGUUGCGGAGCUGCGUGCAAUAUCCACGUAUUUAUAUAUGUCCUAUAUAUAUAAAUAAUACGUUAAAUAUUUGGCUGUGACGAAGAUGACGAAGACUACAGAAAGGCAAAGCGGCGAGUGCAACAAACAAAGAAAUUUAAUUCAAAAAGUAUAAUAAUUAAAUAAACAACAAUGCACGAGAGAGAAUUGAAGGCUGGGGUAAAAGCUGAAGAUAAAUGGUGGGUGCAAAUUGGGCGGUUAGUUGAGAUGCUAUGACACUCCUCAUAAUUGCGAGGUAAAGCUUAAUAUUUUUCAGUUUCGUUUUGAGCUAUACGAUAAUCUGCAUAUUUUUUGUAUUAGUUAAAGCUUUUUGUUUAAAUUUAAAUCAUAUUUCACGAUUAUUCUUUUUCCUAAUUUCAUCGCAUUGAAUUCAUUGUACACAUUUUUUGCUUUAAAUACGAGAUUUUGUCAAACAUUUAUUUACAUAAUUGGAUUAAAUAAAAAUGGGGCCGCACGGCCGCUGAUGUAAUACAGAAACUGCAAUAUGAAAAUAAUACGAUUUAUAAAUCAAAACUUUGUUUAUUUUUCUGUGGCGAGACUUUUGUCAAACGUUUGGUUUCUGUAAUUACUUUUAGGCGACUAAUAAUUCCAUUGCAACAAUCGUUACAGAAUCGUCCUUUUUUAACCUGUGCAUGUAGUAUAAUUAAGUAUAAUAGUGAAAAGAAAUUCUUAAGUAUGUGUACUAUCAGCAACUAACAUAACGGAAUGACUUUUACAUUCUUAUACAAAACUAAACUGUCUUUAAUUUUUGGUAUCCAAUGUCUCAGCAGACCAAAUGUUCGCAAAUCAUACCGCCUGCGCCGGGUUUUACAAUCAAAAAAAGUUUUCAAAGGUUUUCUGCUCACAUGCGAGCUUGUGUGCGGACAUUUAGCCAGACUCGGUAAAGGCUCGUGUGUUGGUCAGCUGGGGUAAAACAUACUGCCUAUAAAUGCCUAAAUUUAUCAACAAAAUUACUCUUUUGUAUUUGUUUGCAGCGUAAACUUUUUGAAUCUUUUUGGGAGGGAAAAGUAUUUUAAAAUACUUUUAUACAAUAUUUACAGCGAGUGCAAAUUUAAGAAUUUCAUGUCGCUAGCUGAGUGAAAAGUUGCUAAGUCCACUUUUUAUGAAAACUCAUAUUUUAAUUCAGGAUAAAUAAAAAUACACCGUUUCGAAAAGGAGUAUGCUCCAUACUUGUUUUAUGUUUUUUCGUUUAUAUUCAAUGAAAGGACAAUUUUCUAAGUCCAAAAGAAGCUCCGAUAAUUCCAUGAGGCCAAAAUAGAACGAAAUCUUUUAAUAAAGAUCGAAUCCCUCUGAUUUGUAUGGAGUUUUGCUUUGCUUUAAAAAGGAAAAAUGUUGUAUUCAAAGUUUUGCGAAAUAGUACUUGAAGAAAAUGGCCAUACAAAUUUUUUUCUUCCUGUAAAAUUUUUAAAUUGGGACUUAGCAACUUUUCACUCUAAGCUAGCGAUACAUGGACAUAUGUAUGUAAUCGAGCAAGCAUGAAUUUUCGAAAUAAUUUCGUAAUUGAAUUUGGGUUAUCAGACUAAGUAUUGGCAGUGCACAUUGAUUUCAUUGCUUUUGGCUGCGUACUCGAUGCACUUAAAUAAGUCUCUACCAAAAGCUAAUAAGGUAUAUAAAAAAAUAAAAAUAAAAAAUAAAAAUUAUCGUAACUAACAAAACUCGCUGUACCAAAAACUAUCUCAAAGGAAUACAAGCAUUAUCCUAAACUCAUACUUACCCAUUUACAUGAAUAUAUAUGUAUGUAUAAA